GAUUGUCAAACUGGAAACAGACCUAUUGUGGGGAUCCAUUUUUUGCCACUCGGUUGAUGAUUUAAAAGUAAGGAUUUUAGGAUUCUGACUUGCUACCCAAUUAUAUACUGAUACAUCAAUACAGAAACAAUGCCAGUUCUAAGAAGUAGUUUGAUGUCUUCAAAUGAUAACAUUGCAAGUAAUGUGUCAAGUAUCCACAAAAUGACUUUUUCAAAUGAAACAUUUGCAUCCGAAAAAAGUUCAACAAGUCUGACUGAGAAGAAUGGCUAUCAAGACUCCAUUUACCUAAAUGCUGCUAACAUUUUUCAAGGCAUUCAUAAUGAAAAGCCUCAAGAUAAAAUUUUAGUAAAAUAUGGGAAUGGGCCAUUACCAACUCUUCCAGAUUUCAAAGAUGAGCAAUUCCAGCGUCUGUCAUAUGAAUUGGCUUUCAGUGCCCUAAAAUAUCAAGAUGUUCUUGAAAAUAUAUUGUUAGACAGUGGCAUUUACCCAACGCAGUCAAUGUCAGAUCAAUUGACCAGCCUAGUUGUCGUGAUGCUAUAUGAUCUCCAAGAUCGGAAAUUUGAAGCUCGCUGUAAUACUGAUGAUGAAAACCCAAUAGCAGAGGUCCAAGAAGUUGAGCAUUAUCUAUGCAGUUUUAAGACAAAACUGGCUGCUGCAUUAGCAAGGUGUCGAAUCAAACACGAUGCUCUGUCUAUAGAAAAUAUUUUGCCAGAAAUGAUACGGAAACAAGAACAAAGGGCUUCUUCGCUGCCUUUGUAUGCAUGGGUCAACACACUUAAAGCAAGCCUUGAAGAAGUUCAUAGUUCUUUACAGAAAGAGGGAUUUACUGAAGUACAAUCGGUCUCACAGUUUGGUGGAGAUUCGUAUUGCCUGGAUAUGCACUGUGAAGAUGUACUCAUCUUCCCUUCCUUUCUUAAAGAAAAGCUACUUACUCUGGAACUCUUCACCAAUUACAAGCUGUUGUUGCAGGAUAAGUCCCGGAGCCUUGCCGUACAUUCAGUGAAGGCCUUGUUGAAUAUGGAUGAUGACAUAUUAGUAGCACACAUGGGCUCAUGGCUCACUCUGGCCCAUAUGUCAGUGCUGACAAAUCAGGAGACGUCCAAAGUGUUCGUAUGUGGAGUAAAGUCAGUAGCAAAAGAAGCUGAACUGAAGGACUUGUUCACACAGAUGGAGUGUAGAAACAUUGAGCUACUACGUGAGGAUUUUACAAACGUUGAAUCAACAGAUCACAAGCUGCAGAAAGUUAAAGUAAUUUUGCUACUGCCUCGGUGUUCAGGUCUGGGUGUAAGCAAUCCAAUAGAAUUUAUUUUAAAAGAGCAUGAAGAUGCAGAAUUACUUAGAGACUUGUCUCAAGGAUCUGUAGCAGAAGAUAAACUGCAUACACUUGCACAGCAGCAGCUUAAAGAAUUAACACAUGCAAUGCAGUUUAGUAAAGUGCAAGCUGUUGUCUACUGCACCUGUUCGGUUUACCCAGAAGAAAAUGAAACUGUGGUGAACAAAGCACUAGCGUCUGGAGCAGAGGGAACAAAGGCCCAGCCUUACAAGCUUUGUCCACCUGUUCUUCCUUUGUGUUGCAAAUCGGAAAUAUGUACUUCUGCAGAUAACUUUUUCAAACUGGAGCCAUCAGAUAUUUCUAAUAGCUGUUUUAUAGCUGUUCUGGCCCGAGAGAGGGAUCCAUCGGAGUCAGUGUCAGUGAAAGAUGUUUUAGCUCGUGCUGCAGCAAAAGGAUUAUUGGAAGGUAUUGAUUUAGUAAAGCCAGCUAAGAGAGAAAAGAAAAAGAAACACAAAGUAACUCAGCCAAAGAAUGCCACCAAAGAGGCUGUGAUACAGUCCAGAAUUCAGGAGUUCCUGGAACGAGAAAUGAAACCUAGCACGAUUGAUUCAGACUCUUCAGUAUCUAAUAUAAUUGGCAGUAGCUCUCAAAUUGUAAACCAGACCAAUAUUUCUGUUUCCCUGAAGAAAACAUCCAAACCCCUCUCAAACUCAUCUCUGCCUGUGAUGUCAAAGAACACUCUUGCUACAUCAUCCAUGCAAAAAGUGUUUGAAAGACAGCGAAACGUUAGGAAACCAAAGUCUGACGAUAGAGUGAUGGUCUUGAAGCCUGUUGAGAUUGUCCUGCCACCAGUAAUGAUGCCAUACUUCAACCCACAAGGGAACAAAUCCCAAAUUUCUUCUAACCAUUAUUAUUAUCAUUGGGUUGGAACAAAAAGUGGAACAUAUGGCACGCUCAGCCCUUCUCCAUCCAAAAAACUGAUCAAGUCUAAAGAAACCACACCAUCUUCUACAACCAAGCAUGCUCGUCCAUGGUUUUGAAGACUGCAUUUUCUGUGAGGCUUAUUCAUCAUAAGCCUGAUAGAAUUUGAAGCUUGCAUUCCUCUAAUGGUAAAAAGCAGAACAAAGAUCACUUGGGACCAAAUAUUCAUAUACACAGGAACAAAACUGUUUUUAGGAGGCAGUUAAAACAUGGGCUAUUAUGAAGGUAGCAGAAGGGCUGUUCUGCCAAGGCUUUUAUAAUGUAAAUGUUACAAUGCAGCUUCAGUAAACUUUUAAUGUCAAAAUGCCUAAAUCUAAUGUGUGCACUCAGAAUAUGCAAGUCAUUUAGGGUAAACUUAAAAAAAGGUGCAUGUGGGCAAUAGCUAAACACCUUAGAAAACAGCAGAAGCUAGCCAUUACUAUUAUAAAGAAGAACAAGGCUUCUAAAAAUAGAAGUAGGUUUUCAGUGCUUAUUCACUAGAUAUUUCAGCAUAUAUUCUUGGGAAUUUUGAGUACAUUACCUUU